UACAAGUCCCUAAGCUUGAAGUGGCAAAGCCGCUGUCUUGUCAUCCUCAUGCCAUUCGCCCGCACUGCCAGAAGCUAUAUAUACACAAUCUCGCGUAUAAUCUCACGCACUUUCUGAAAGAUGUAUACUACAACAAUUCAACCGACUGUUAGUUGUUUUUCCAAUUUAAAGCCCUCCUCCCCAUCUUCAUUUCCCAGUCAAAAGUUAUGGGUCUCUCUCAAAAUCCCCAAGCCCUCUUCUUUGAAUUCAUGUCAAUUGAACAAGGGGAGAACAUUCAGCAUCUCUGCCUCUUCAGCAGCAGUUGCCCAGGAUACGCCCACCCCUGAAUCCAUCUCCUCAAACCUACCUCAGAAACAGAAGCUUAAAGUAGUUGUGAAGCCAAUGGAGAAACCUAGGCUGGUCUUAAAGUUUGUAUGGAUGCAGAAGAAUAUUGGGAUUUCAAUAGACCAAGUGAUUCCGGGAUAUGGAACAAUCCCUCUAAGUCCUUACUACUUUUGGCCAAGGAAAGAUGCUUGGGAGGAGCUCAGACUUUUGCUGGAGAGUAAGCCCUGGAUAUCUCAGAAGCAGAUGGUCAUUCUUCUUAAUCAGGCCACAGAUAUUAUCAAUUUGUGGCAGCAGAGCGGUGGAGAUUUGGCGUAAGCUUCUACAGAGCGAUUUUCAUGUCUAGGUACUUGAGCAGAAGAAAUUCUUGAGUCAUCUCUUGUUGUUGUGACUUGUUGAUUAGAGUUCUCGUGCUGCUUGAUUGUUGCUUAUGAAUUUUGAUGGAUAUCACCUUUUCUUGUAUAUGCCAAAGUAGAUUGUUAUCUACUACCAACACCAUACCAUCUUUUUUAUUUUUUAUUUUUUUUGGCAUUUAUUUUCUAAGAUAUUGGUGAAUUUGCAUUAGAGCAUUUUGGAAUUUCAAGGGUGGAGUUGCCCUCGCAAUGAGGAGAAUAAUGACGUGCUUUUUAUUUAAUUGGCACAAAACAUCUGCUCAUCA